AUGGUUGAACUAUUUGAGGAUCCUCGUAAAAAUCCGGUGGCAACUUUUCUUAUGCAAGUGUUCAUUACACUAGUUGUGUGCAAGAUUCUUGCUAAACUACUUUCCUACAUCCGGCAACCGCAAGUUAUUGGACAAAUUAUCGCUGGUAUCAUCUUUGGUCCAUCGAUUCUUGGUAAUAUUCCUGCCUGGACAAAUGCAAUGUGGCCAGAAUCGAGUCUUGCCUCGUUCAAACUUAUCGCUAGCUUGGGCUUGAUCUUUUUCAUGUUUUUUCUGGGAAUUGAACUUGAUCUCGAUCAAAUCAAACGAAGUUGGAAAGUUACAGUACCUGUCGCUGCUACUAGCAUAAUAAUUCCAGUGGGCAUUGGCUGUGCCGUAUCUAUAUGGUUGUAUGAAGAUAAUGAAGGCUUGAGAACAAGCAAAGUAGCUUUUAUUCUUUUUAUUGGCUCUGGAUUCGGUUUCUCUGCCUUUCCUGUUCUCGCGACACUACUCAAUGCCAUGGACCUUCUCAACAAACCCAUCGGCAUUCAGACUAUCUCACUCGCUGCCGUCGAAGAUAUUGUCGUCUGGGUUAUUUUGGCGAUUGCCAGUGCUUUCUCGUCAGGCGGUUCAGCACUGCAAGGUCUCUACACACUACUGUUGACACUCGCUUUUAUCGCCAUCAUGAUCUUGAUCAUUCGACCAGCACUCAAAUGGAUCCAUGGGUAUUACCUGAGAAGAGAAAACGAUACGAAUGUAUAUUUAGUUGUCGGCUGUUUCUUGUUGUUACUGGUCGCAUCGUUCACGACAGAAGUGAUGGGUAUUCAUGCAUUCUUCGGUGCAUUUGUGAGUGGAUUGUGUAUUCCACGCAAGGGUGAACUGUCUGAUUUUCUAGCAAUACGUAUUGAGUUGAUAGUUGUAGAGUUUUUUCUACCCCUGUAUUUUGCCAAUAGCGGCCUUCAAACUCAAUUAAAUCUGCUCAAUACGGGGGACGUGUGGUGGGUACUUGCCGUGCUCAUUUUGAUGGCUUCGACAGCAAAGAUCGUUCCCGUCACACUAAUGUCGAAGCUCUGUUCGAAAAAGCCGUGGUUCUAUUGUUUAUCGAUCGGAGUGCUGAUGAAUACUCGUGGUAUCGUGCAGUUAGUUGUACUCAACAUUGGUGUUGAACUUGGAGUAAUAUCUCCGAAGAUCUUUGCCAUCUUUGUACUCAUGGCAACCAUUUUAACACUUUUUACGUCACCGCUAUUAUCAUUAUUAUAUCGAAAGGAUUAUGAUAUCCGAAAGCUGUCCUUGCCGAAUAUCGCGACAGACUUACGAAUUGUUCGCGAAGAAGAAAAAGAUCUCAGCGAGUCAAAUGAGGAUUCUGAUCGAACGGAAACAGUUUCAAGCAUUGACAUUGAUGUCAGCUCAGUUAAACGUCCUCCGAUAAGAUUACUACGAAAAUCCUCCAUAGGUGCACACUCACACCCACACGUGCAUUCGACAGUUGUGACGUUCGAUGAUCAUGUCAACUACGCAGAUGUCGAUUUACACUGGAAUGAACAGGAUUCUAGCGGCGACCAUACAACCGUGCAUAUAACAACAAGUACUCCUCGCCGAUCGAUUUGUAUGACAAGAUUCUGA